AUGAAUAUAGAAAUUUUUUCCCUCUUCUCUCCUUUAUUCCUUUUCUCUCCUUUAUUCCUUUUCUCUCCUUUAUUCCUCUUCUCUCUCUUUUCCUCUUCUCUCCCUUUUUCAUCUCCCUUUUUUGUUUGUUUCUCUUUUCCUCUUCUCUCUUUUUCUUUCCUUUUUCCUCUCUUCUCUUUUUUGUUCUUUCCCCUUUUUCCUCUUCUCUUUUUUGUUUCUUUCCAUUUUUCCUCUUCUCUCUUUUCUUCCCCUUUUCUCUUUUUCUUUCCUUUUCCCUCUUCUCUUUUCCUUUUCUCGUUUCCUUCUUUCUCUUUUCUAUUUCUGUUUCUUUAUUUCUCUCCCUUAUUCUCUUUUCUGUAUUCUGUUUCUCUUCUAUCAUUUUCUCUUUCUCUCUUUUUCCACUUCUUUUUUACCUUUUUUAUCUUCUUUCUGUUUUCGCUAUCUCUUUACUCUGUCUUAAUUUCUCAACGUUUCUCUUACUGUCUUUUUCUCUUUUUUUCCCUCUUUAUUUUCUCUUUUCCUUUUUCCCUCGUCUUCAAAUUCAACCCAAGGUGUCAUUACAUUUUAAGCACAUCCCAAAUCACGGAAAAGCCAGGAUCUUAA